AUGAAUACAGAACCAGAGCUACCCACAUCAUGGACCGAGUCCCACAAAGCAGACCCCGGCCGCCUCAGCUUCCUGGACCUCCCUCGGGAGCUGCGUGACCUGAUCUACGCCCACACAUUCCACGUCCCUGGCGCAAUAUUCAUCUACACAAUGAACCCGUACCAUCCUUUGCGCACCCUGCGCGCCAAAACUGUGCGGUACAAGCACCACGGCGCCACGGAGCCGCAAAGCGUCUUCCAGUCCAUCUCCACGGGCCUCCUGCAAUCGUGUCGCCAACUGCACGCCGAAGCCUGCCCCGUCCUGUACGGCGACAACCACUUCCGGCUCUGGUUCCCCGACGACGCGACGCUGGCGCCCGCGUACUGCGGGCUGCUGCGCUCCAUCAUCAUCACCGCCGCCGAGUCGGCGCACCUGCUCUUCGGCUCGCAGGACCUCGACGCCGUGAGCCAUGGCUGGAAGCACCGGUUCUGGCCGCGCAUCCUGGACAGCUGCGGGAAGAUCCUCGCGCAGUUCCCCAACGCGGAGCGCAUCUGCGUGCCCAUGAAGGCGGGUGCGAAGGCGGGUGCGGAGGGGUGGCGGCCGGCGUUCUUUGCGCUGGGCGGCAAGACGGCGGAGCGCCGGGUCGAGCUGGCCGCUGAGUGGAUGCUGGAGCGGAGUCCGCUGGUGAACGAGCGGCUGCGGGACUGUCUGCACUUGGAGCUCGAGCCGCCGCCGGGGACUAUUUCGCGUGAGGAGUAUGCGGGGUCGAGGUUUGCGCCGGAUGAGGAGGAGUGGGAUUAUUCCGAGUUUGAGCAUGCGUUUGAGCUGAUGAAGGUGCUGGGUUGA